AUUUAUAACUCUAUGUUAGAUCCUGAUGUGAGGAAAUUAGUACGUCAUCAUUUGCGUCAUCACUCCCCCUUAACCCACGGCCACGCCACCGCGACCACGCACCUCAGUUGAGCUUUCCCUUUGCAGUCAUCGUCUUCUCUGUCUCUGUCUCUCUCUCUCUUCUGACUCGAAAUCACAUCGGUUUGUUUAUAUAUUUAUAUAAUUUCCAUCUCCAUGUAAUGGAUUAAUUUUCUUCAACCCUUAACUUCAAUUGAAUUGCCUAUUUGAGUAUUUUUCAUUCGUGAUAAUCACAGAUACAUGUAUGAUAGCAUAAGAUAGUAGUAUUAGAUUUUGUCAAUGGACACUCGAACGGGUUUUUCGGAUUCCAACGAAGUCAGUGGUGGGAGCAGCAGCAUAUGCUGCGUGCGGAACACCGAAUCAUCCCUUCCCCCCGCCGCACCGCCUCAGAUGGAGGACGUCGAAGCCCUCAAUCGCCUCUCAAACACCCUCGCUUCGAUCUUUUUCUGCAAAUCAUCGCCGCCGGACUUUGAUUUCUUCUCCGAUGCUAAAUUGGUGGCGGCCGGCGGCCGAGAAAUUCCAGUCCACCGUUGCAUCUUGUCGGCUAGGAGUCCGUUCUUCAAGAAUUUGUUCGCUAAUAAGGAGAGGAAUGUGAAAUUAGAUUUAAAGGAGGUGAUGAAGGAGUAUGAGGUUAGCUAUGAUGCACUUGUGACUGUGCUGGCUUAUGUAUACAGUGGAAGAAUCAUGGCUCAGCCGAAGGAUGUGUGCAUAUGCGUAGACGAUCAGUGCUCGCAUUUGGGAUGUCAACCUGCAGUUGAAUUCAUGGUGGAGAUUUUGUAUGCAUCUUUCGUUUUUCAGAUCAAUGAAUUAGUUGCUAAGUUUCAGAGGAAACUAAUGAACAUUCUCGACAAGGCUGUUGCAGAUGACUUGAUGGUUUUAUCAGAUGCAAACUUUUGUGGUGCAAGUUGUGAGAAUUUACUUGCAAGGUGUAUUGAGAUUAUUGUCAAGUCUGAUGUUGAUAACGUAACCCUUGAUAAAGCGUUGCCUCACCACCUUGUGAAACAAAUAGAUGAUUCACGUGUGGAACUCGGAUUGCAAUCACCUGAAGGCAACAUUUUUCCUGAUAAACAUGUGAAGAGAAUACACAGAGCCUUGGACUCUGAUGAUGUUGAGUUAGUCAGAAUGUUGCUGAAGGAAGGGCAUACUACCCUAGAUGAUGCAUUUGCACUCCAUUAUGCUGUUGCCUACUGCGAUGCAAAGACCACAACAGAACUUCUUGACCUAUCCAUUUCUGACAUUAACCACAGAAAUCCAAGGGGAUACACCGUGCUACAUGUAGCGGCAAUGCGAAAAGAGCCCAAAAUCAUUGUAUCUCUUUUAACUAAGGGAGCUAGGCCAUCUGAUCUCACUUUAGAUGGCAGGAAAGCCCUUCAGAUAUCAAAGAGGCUUACUCGGGCUGUGGAUUAUCAUAGAAGUACAGAGGAAGGGACAGCUACUCCAAAGGAUCGACUGUGCAUAGAGAUUUUGGAACAAGCAGAAAGAAGAGAUCCAUUACUAGGAGAAGCUUCAGUAUCGCUUGCUAUUGCAGGCGAUGAUUUGCGCUCGAACUUAUUGUACCUUGAAAAUAGAGGUAAAUGACCCCA